CAACUCGGCGCCCAGGGAGUCACAUGGACCGUUAAUGAAUCGGUUUUUAAACUGAGAGUUCUACUCGUAAGGGAGGAGUUUUUCCGUUGUUUCCCGACAAAAAGUUAGGGUGCUAACACCACCGUUGAUCUUGCAUCAGUUUUCCUCUGUUAUACUUGUUUCUGCCAACAGUUCCGCCUUGUAGACGAAAAUCAACCCGGUAAAAUGGCGAAGAGCACUAUUUUGUAUCUUCGCAUUGGCGAGGGAAAGAAUUUACCUCGGAAGGACAUCUCUGGAAAGAGUGAUCCAUACUGCAUCGUGAAAGUGGACAACGAGCCUGUAGCGAGAACUGCCACAGUUUGGAGAGAUUUGGAGCCAUUUUGGGGAGAAGAGUACACUAUGUUUCUUCCUGUUGGUUUUACGAAUUUGUCUGUUUUUGUUUAUGAUGAGGACACCAUUGGGGUCGAUGAUCUUAUUGGUCGAGUGACAUUUGACCGAGAGACAUUGGCGCAAAGUUCCAAGGGACUGGACAAAUGGUUUCCCGUGUCUUUAGCCGAUAUGCACAACUACUCAGACAUUCAAGGUGAUAUCAGAAUUGAAACAACACUGUUCGAAAAGGGAGAUGUUAAGAAAAUCAGAGCAAAAGUUGUAGAAGUCAGGGACCUUCCCGAGACAGGCCGUAGCAUUUUAGAGCCAUCUGUAAAGCUCACCCUCAGGGAAUCAAGUACAGGCGGCGGUCAGAUGCGAUUAUCAUUACGAGAAACAGUCGUCAAACUCGCAGAGGGGCACAAAAAGAUGUGGAUUCCUGCAAAACAGAAGUGUUUAGAGGUGGACGUGAAAGAACCGCUACAGGAACUAAAGAUGACUGCUGAAGUGAAGAUUGAAUCUGAUGCACUCUGCUGUUUUGGGCAGGUCACGACUUUCCUGUCGAAGCUUAAGCCAGGACAAACCCGAGACUGUUGGUACAAGCUGCUCCCGAUGCCUCAGUUGAAAGAAAUUAAGACAGAGAAUCUCGGUAGUAUCCGAAUGAAGGUCCGUCUGACUCAAGAACGCGUCUUACCGCAGAAAUGUUACCAGUCUUUAAUAGAGAUUCUUGUCAACUCCGCUAAGGACCCGGAGAGCCUGGAUCCCACAGCGUUGAGCUUAAUAGAACAGCUGACUGCCGCUGACCAAGCAAUUCUGGCUCACCAGCUUGUUCGUCUGUUUAUUGGCCAAGAUCUCGUUAUACCGUUUCUCGACUAUCUGACUCUUCGCGAAAUAAGGAAUACAAGUAUAAGUUGUCCUAGGACUCUGUUUAGAGGCAACAGUCUGGCAGCCAAGUGUAUGGAACAAUUCAUGAAGAUUGUAGGUAUGCCAUACCUUUCGGAAACAUUGAAACCAGUUCUCGACAAGAUAUUUGAAGAACGCAAAUACUGCGAACUCGAUCCAUGCAAAGCUGCAGAACGGAAACAAAGCGCUCUCAGACGCCUAAGCUUGAGGCCAGUUGACGAGCAAGACAAGAGUCUGUCAGUGUUGACCACUUACUUAGAAACAGUCAUGAUGUCAAUCCUGAACUCAGUCAAAGAAUGUCCAAGCUACAUGCGCGCGGCCUUCAGGAAUCUCGCUCGGAGAGUCUCGGAUCGCUUUGGUGAUAUACCUGAUUACGAGGACUCUAAGUACACAGCCGUGAGUGGUUUCCUGUUUCUACGAUUCUAUGUGCCAGCAAUACUUGGACCCAAGCUCUUCGGUCUGCGUGAAAACCACGCCGACAAAAAUGUAUCCCGCACCCUAACCAUCCUAGCAAAGACUGUCCAGAAGAUUGGCAACAUAGAACUCCCUCUUCAAAACGGAAAGGAGGAAUGGAUGGGACCACUGUACAAGUGGAUCGCAUUGUACACUGAUGAAGUAAAGGACUUCCUGGAUCAGCUUGCAGACGUGGAAGAUACAGAAGUUCCAGGUUGUGACCACAGGAGGACCGUAUUCAGUCACUCACUGAUCAUCAAGGAAGGCUCUCUCAAGAAAAGUCGCUACAGGGACACCAGGCUGCCAAAGCCGUUCAAGUUCAAAAAGCGCCAUUGUUGGCUCAGCACUGAGAAUUUCCUUUACGCCAAAACAAACGAUUCACAGACAAGGCAGUUUCUUCCAACCAGAAAAAUUCUUGCCGUGGAACGAGUUGACGAGUCAGCUUUUCAAAAACCCAACGUGUUUCAAGUGGUCAGUAAGGGUUAUGAUGAAGCUCUGCAAAUUCUCUACCUCGCCGCUCAGGAUGUGAACGAAAUGAAUCAGUGGCUUUCAGCGAUAAGGAAGACCACCAUUUCUAAUACUAAUCUGCUCAAUUACUUCCAUCCGGGAGUCUUUCACAAAAACAAAUGGACAUGCUGUAAGCGAGUCAUUCAAUCAGCUGGAGGUUGUCAGCGGACACAUACACACGUGACCUUGAGCGACUGGCGAGAUCCAUUGGACCCAGACUCCGAAGCGCAGAUGAUUUUUACACAGCUUCUUCAAAGUCGAGACGAGAUUCGAAAGAAAUUUCUUGGAAUUAAUGAGCAGCGGAAACAUUCUCAAGAAUCCUACGACACAGCGAAAGAUGAAGAGAUAUCAGUAAAGGACUCACAUACGUCUUCAACAGCCGAAAGAGCUAUGGCUACGAAGCUGUUGGAGGUAAUAGAUGAACUCGAAAAGACUCACCAAACAUUUGAGGAGAAAGCUAUUAGAAAAUAAGAGGAUUAGAUCAAGAGAAAAAGGACUGAUUGAUAACACUUCGAUACAUGAAGGAAAUUUUCAUAUGUAAACAUACAAGUUAUAUUUUUUUCAACAAGACUGGUCCAAUUCAAAGAUUGUUCUUAAGUUGACAUGGGUGGUUCUCUAUCAGGAAAAGGGAAAAAGAGUCAUAGCUCAUUGAUACAUGUAUACAAAAACAGGAUCUUAAAGUUGCUUGCACCCUUGACCACAGGACACUAUCUCAUUUUGUGGUUGACCACAGGACGAUGUGGAAUACAUUUAUGCCGUUAGAAACCCCUUAUUUCAGUAAAAAGAACAUCUUGUAUAGCCCUAUUAUCAAUCUGAAAUUCACUAAAUAGUUAUUUAGUAUUAAAAUCUUUAUUCAUAAAAUUUUUCACAGCAAUAUAUCCAACAACAAAAGAUGCAAACAUACAAACAAGUCCAAUGAACAUCAAAAAGCCUUCUUCACUAAAUCUGAACAAUUUUCUUUUCUUUCAAUACCCAAACUAGUCCUUGUUUUCCUCUACAUUAAGUUAAGUUAUUUACAAAGAACAAGGAACGUAACUAUUGUAUAAUAAAUCCUAAAUGCAAUGUUUCUGCAAAGACAGAGCCACACUCUAAUAGACAGGAGCUGUGUUGGCAAGACGCCUCAUUCGUCUGUAAGAGAAUUACAGAUACAACUCUUACUAAACCAUUUCUCUAACAAUAUCCCCAAAAUACGUCAAGAAAUUACAAAUUGCAUUGAAUAAAGUACAUUUUGUUGAUUGCUGUCAAGCUAAAACUAAGGUAAUCAAAACUGCCAUUCAAAGAGAAAACAUGACAAAGAGCCAAUGGAAGGCAAAUGGAUUACUUUUGUCCAACAAAUAGGAUAGGUUUUCUUUAAUGUUUUGGAAUAAGCUGCCAAAAUUCUUAUAAAAAAAAAGUUUUUCUUCAACAUCUUGAGAGCAGCUGCCGAAAUUGUAAGAAAAUAAGCAUACUUAUCAAUUCAAUCCAUUGAUACAUAAUUGGUGAUGAAACUGUAAGA